AUGCUAUUCAAGAUAUUUUCAUACAAGUUCAUCCCCGAACUGGAUUCGCAUUCGUCAUGGAACAGAAUGAAUCAUUAUUACAUACCUCUAACGGAUCAACCAGACGAAAACACUUUUCUUUGUGGCUAUAACAGAGUUAGAAAGUACGGCACUACCGUUAGUUCAACAGAAACAAAGCCAAAGCAUUUUAUCAUAUAUCAGGUUCAACCUUCAGAUACCAUUCAAGGAAUAGCUUUAAAAAAUAACUGUUCAGUCUCCGAAAUUGUUCGUAUUAAUAAAUUGUGGUCUGUAGAUUCACUUCAUUUCAAAGAAACUAUAAAAAUUCCCGUGGUGGGCAGUCCCGAUGAUAAUGUAAUAGUUGCCGAUUAUUCGCCGAAGUCUUUUGAAAAUCAUAUGAAAUCUCAAAUUAGUAACGUUAGCAGUAAUAGUGGUGUGGAUAUGGAAGAGGCGCCAAGUGAAUCAUUAAAAGAUAUGCUCUCCAGGAUUGAUGAAACUAUCAAAUCUACUUCCUCAUCUGUGAAGAAGCUAGAAAGAUCCUCAACAAUUGUUAAAGAGUUCGCCGAGCAAGCUAGACCAGAGCAUCAUUCACUUCAAAAUUUAUGUAGUGGUUAUUAUCAACAAAUAUAA